CCUUGAUCAUUUUAUUUCCAAAUUUAUCACCUGAUUGUCGUGAAUCUUGAAGUGUGAAUUUUUUGAGCUUCGACUCGACGUGUUUGUGUCAAUUUGGGGAAGUUUGUGUAAUAGGGUUUGAUUUGUUUCUUUUUUUUACUAUGUUUGUGCUUUGAUGAUUGUUUUAUACUUGUAUCAGUGCCUGAUUUGACUGAAUUUCGAGUUUUACGAACUUAAUCUGUCGUAAAUGUUGAAAUUUGGGGUUUCUGUGAUAUUGAAUUCGUGAUAUUCUGAUUUUAUGGGCUCCGAUGAAUUUGAUUGCAGGUACAGCUUGUUAGAGCCGAGUAUUUUUGAGAAAAUUUACGGAGAUCGAUUCGUGAGGACCAAAGGGAAUUGGGCUGGAACAACUCAUUCAGCCGAGGAAUUGGCGUGACCGCUCCAAAGGCAAGAACGCGCGACAAAUUGAAAACUAGGGUUUUGUACCUCUAAUUUGGGCUUAUUGGGAUAAAUAAAGGCAAGGGUUUUGAGGUUGCAGAAGAAGGAAAAUGACUCGGAUUUUGGUUCAGCGAGGUUCUGUGUCAUCGUCGAACCCGAAUAGACCAUCAUCUUCCGUGCCAAGUUCUUCUUCUUCUUCUUCUUCUUCAGCUCCACCCCAGCCUCAGGUUACUAUUACCUCUCCUCAGGUUGUUUCCACUGUGAAAAAUGAGGAAUUGGCAGAGGAAAUUUNGGAAGUGGUGGAACAGGUUGUCAUGGAUGAGCUUUGUGACAGUGGAGGAGUGAAAAAUGAUGAUCUUUUCCAGGAAAGCUUGGACUGUGCUCCGAAUGAUAACGAUGCAAAAAUUGAAAAAAAAUGNAAAAUUGUUAACAGUGAGACAGUUGGGAUUGGGAUUGAUGAUGUUGUGGGUUCGGGGGAUUUGGUUAGAGGGCUAAGUGGGUUGAGGGUCACAGAGGAGGGCAAUGAUCGAUCGGGUGGAAGCUCUUUGCAGGCGGUGAUAGGGAGUUCGUGUCCACCUCCUCCUCCGGUCCCACCUCCAAAACCUUCUUCCACGAACUCUAAUUUGAGGAGAUUUGGAUCAGAUGGUUCAAAUCCUGUGCGGAUAGGAUCAUCUAGAAGAGCCGCUGCGUGGCCUGUUGUUAUAACUAGGACUUCACCGACUGGGUCGAGGCCUUCUUCCCCCAGGUCUCAUUGUGAAAAUGAAGGUUACAAUAGUGCUGAUGAGCAAAACCCUUGCUUUGGAUCCUCCUAUGGUGAUGCUGAGAGAGAACGCGAGUUUGAGAUUGAUAUAAGGCGGAUCAAAGGGUUAGAGGUCAAAAGAAUGCUGGAGGAUGGGAACUGCCUCUUUCGUGCUGUUGCUGAUCAAGUGUAUGGCGACUCUGAAGUGUAUGAUUUGACCCAGAAAGUCUUUACACAUACGAGACUGUACAGCUUGUUAGAGCCGAGUAUUUUUGAGAAAAUUUACGGAGAUCGAUUCGUGAGGACCAAAGGGAAUUGGGCUGGAACAACUCAUUCAGCCGAGGAAUUGGCGUGA